AUGGUCAAAGAUGAGGAAGAUGAGGUGCUUCACCGGGUACAUGAGAAGCGACAACAGACGUUGAAAGCGACGGCAACACUCUGGUCCCUAGCGGUCGAGAUUUUCAUGUCGGGCCUCUUUCUGGCGCAGCUUUGUUGCCAGUCCGCGGGCAUUCCGCAGUUCUGGCCCCUCUUGAUUGCCACCAUUUGGGCCACAGUCAUCCUGCGCAACCUCAGCACGUCGACCGAGAUCGCGCCGGCGCGGUUGAAUCGGGAUAUGACGGUCUUGACCGUGCUUGUGUUCGGCGCGAGUUUGGGAGUGCCUCGUGAACUCCUUCCCCUGAUCAGCAUGGCGCGCGUGAUGGUAAGCAGCUUCUUCACAGAUGCGGCCUUGUCAAACAAGGCCAACCUGGUUUUGACGCCGUUCUACAUCGUGUCUUACUGGUUGCAGGGUCCGGAGGACUCUUCUGUGGGGGGGCUGCUGAUCAUCAGCUGCGGUGAGUUGCUUGUUGUCUCAUACCUGGCUCUGGCGGUGUCGAACCUGGAUGUGAAGGAGUACCAGCUGGCAGCAGCGACACUGGAGCUCGAACGCAAGGUCCAUGAGACCCAGGAAGCAGAGCGAACAGGAGGAGCCGCACAGCGGCUUUUGACCGUGAUGUGCGAUGCUUUUGUUCGACUCACACCUGACCUCAAGAUCUUCCAGCCUUCGCGAAGCGUUUCAGAUCUUCUCAUGUGUGGCUUCAGCUCAGCUAUGGCAGCGACGACAUUGGAUGGAGUGCCAUUGAUUCGGUACAUCAAUCCCCCUGACCACCAGAGAUUCACCGACUUCAUCAAGGAGUCAUCUCAAGCGGGAAGUCCCGCACGAUCUCUGCAGGUGAGUAUGAAGGACUCCGGUGGAGUCGUUUUCAAUGUCGAGCUCUUCCACGUCUCGGUGCCUGGCCUACGGACAGGCACGGAGCACGAGCAUCUGCUUGGAAUCACCCAAAACUCACAGAAGGACAGCUUUCCCACCGAGCGGACGGCGCGUCUAGAAAGGGGCCUCGAGAGGGCAGCAGCUGCGGGAGCAGACUGCACCAGAAGCCACAGUGCCUCCUCGCAUGCCGUGAGUCAUGGUGCAAAUCCAUCCGACGCUGUUCCAGAACUGCUGGACAUGCGGCACAUCUUGGGUUAUAAGCUGGAGAGCCAGGGGAGCCCAGACCGCCAACACCCGGGCAGCAACUCGCGGGAGUCGCGUGGCAGCCGGAGCAGCCGUAGCAGCCGAAGCGAUCACCUCGUCCCGCUGCGAUCUCUGGAGAAAGUGAACAUCGGUAUCGAUGUACACACGCUUGACGAGGGCUUUCGACUUCAGUCCAUGCUGAUGACUUUUGCUUCCGACCCGGAGCACGGACCGAACUUGAUGGACUGGAUCCAGCCACACUACCGGGACAUGGUCUACAACCAUAUUCAGGAUCAUGCCAAUGCUUGCUAUGCUGGGAGAGACUGUAAGCAGCCCUCGCUGCGGGGGAUCAAGUUUCACUCGCCGAUCGCCUCUGCAAGAAGCGUCUUGGUGGGAAAGCUGGGUGUUGGCUGUAUCUUGGACACGGACAAGGGACACCCCGAGAGCGGGAGUGAUGAUGGUUCAGGGACGUCAUGUGCAAUGCACAUUGAGCUGGAACUGACCCAGCUCUUCGCGCAUUAA